CUAAUUGUUAAAUUUAUUUAGUCCACUAAAUAUUCGAAAAUUCAGACGGUAUGAAAUUUAGCUCCCAUAUUCGCCGGCCAUUCUUCUAUCUACUGAUUCACGGCCGUGUGGGAGGCGGACGCGGCGGUUUGGCAGUGUUUUGUCGGUUUGGCCUUAUCUUUUGAAUCCUCCAUGGCUAACUUCCACCACUUCUUCCGAGUUCUAUUGAUGCUUUUCACUUUUUCAGGUUCAGUAAUUCGAACUCUGAGCAUUGGAAUUGGUAUUAACUAUGGUCAGAUCGCUAAUAAUCUGCCGUCUGCAUCGCGAGUAGCCGUUCUUCUUCAAAAUUUAAACAUCAGUAGAGUAAAAUUAUAUGAUGCAGAUCCUAAUGUCCUGCGUGCAUUCUCCAAGAGUAAUGUGAAUUUCAUUAUAGGGCUUGGUAAUGAGUAUCUUCAAAACAUGUCUGAUCCUCAAAAAGCCAUAGCUUGGGUUCAACAACAUGUUCAAACACACAUCUCUCAGACUCAAAUCACUUGCAUCACUGUUGGCAAUGAAGUUUUCAACUCUAACGAUGCCCAAUUAAGGUCUAAUCUUCUUCCUGCAAUGCAAUCUGUUUAUAAUGCGCUUGUUAAUCUUGGGCUAGAUAAGCAGGUUUCUGUUACCACGGCUCAUUCUCUUAACAUAUUAGGCAACUCUUUUCCUCCGUCGGCCGGAGCAUUCAAGCUGGAUCUUGUCGAAUACAUACAACCAAUUCUCAAUUUCCACUCCAUGGUCAAGUCACCUUUUCUUAUAAAUGCAUAUCCUUUCUUUGCAUACAAGGAGAACCCUGGCCAAGUUUCCUUAGAAUAUGUGUUGUUCCAGCCUAACCAAGGGAUGACUGAUCCCAUUACAAAUUUGCACUAUGACAAUAUGUUGUAUGCUCAAAUCGAUGCGGUCUAUGCUGCCAUCAAAGCCAUGGGACAUACAGAUAUCCGAGUUCAAAUUUCCGAAACAGGUUGGCCAUCUCGGGGCGAUCCGAAUGAGGUUGGUGCUACACCAGAGAAUGCAGGGUUGUAUAAUGGUAAUUUGCUAAGAAGAAUAGAGAGUGGACAAGGAACCCCAGCAAAACCAUCGGUUCCUAUCGAUAUCUAUGUUUUUGCUCUAUUUAAUGAGGAUUUGAAGCCUGGUCCAGCAUCCGAGAGAAACUAUGGUCUUUACUAUCCCGAUGGCACCCCAGUUUAUGACAUUGGUUUGCAAGGCUAUCUCCCAGAAUUGUUGUAUUCAUCGUCUAAAAGGAAUUUUAUUUGCAGGUUUUCUCAGUUUUCAGCUUGCUUCUUAUAUUCAUAGCCUGCGGAAUCUACACUUAAAAGCUUCACCAUCCAUCAAUAAUGACACAGUAAAGGUAUACCGAGUAAUUGAUAGUCAUUCUUAUUCAUAGCACAAUGAGUCUUAUAGAGGAGAGUCCACACAGAUUACUUUCAGCUUUAUUGUACAUCUACUUCCUAUCCCGUGAUCGAUUUCGUUCAUUGAAUAUGAUUUUUUUGUAGUUCCACAGAACAAUAAAGUAUUAUCAUUUCAUUAGAAAGCCUUCUUCUUCUUCUUUU